AUGCGCUACACCAGGCCCUCAUGGCUAGUCCACGGCGGCGAGAAGAAGGACCACGAGGUCUAUAGCUGCCACGUCUCGCCGGAUGGAUCACGCCUGGCUACAGCCGGCGGCGACGGACAUGUGCGCAUAUGGUCAACCGACGCUAUCCUCAACGCGUCUGAUCCUUCAUACACGAAGCCGAAGCAGCUUGCCUGGCUUUCCAACCACUCCGGCACGGUCCAUUCGGUGCGCUUCAGCUCGAAUGGAAAGUAUCUGGCAUCCGGAGCGGACGACAAGAUAGUAUGCGUCUACACGCUCGAUCCAGGUCCACCGCAGCAUUCGACCUUUGGCAGCAGCGAAGCACCGCCGGCCGAGAACUGGCGCAUAUUCAGGAGGCUGAUUGGACACGACAACGACGUUCAAGAUCUGGGGUGGAGUUGCGAUAGUUCGAUCCUGGUUUCAGUGGGGCUGGACAGCAAAGUGGUGGUUUGGUCCGGGAGCACAUUUGAGAAGCUGAAGACGCUCGCGCAACACCAGUCGCAUGUCAAGGGCAUUACUUUUGAUCCCGCCAACAAAUAUUUCGCGACCGCUAGCGAUGAUCGAACUAUCAAGAUCUACCGCUUUACAUCUCCGCCGCCGAAUGCGACGGCAUAUGAUCAGACGAGCAAUUUCACUCUGGAAACGACUGUGGCUGCUCCAUUUACCACGUCACCACUCACGACUUACUUUCGUCGAUGCUCAUGGAGUCCGGAGGGUGCACACAUUGCCGCGGCAAAUGCUGUCAAUGGACCCGUCAGUGCUGUAGCUAUCGUCAGUCGAGGCACAUGGGACAGCGAGAUCAAUCUCAUAGGUCAUGAGGGUCCUGUCGAGGUUUGCGCAUUCUCACCGAGGCUUUUCUGCAGAGAACCACCGCCCCCGAUCAGGGACUCAAAAGACUAUGUGUCUCCCAGUGCUGUCACUGUGGUGGCAUGUGCUGGACAGGACAAGACACUAAGCGUGUGGAACACGAGCUUUCCUCGACCUUUCCUCACCACUGCCGAGCUGAGUCACAAGGCGAUAAGUGACCUGGCAUGGGGACCGKACGGUGAGACUCUCUAUGUUACGGCUCUGGAUGGCAUGAUCUCUGCGCUGGUGUUUGAGAAAGGCGAAUUGGGUUACCCAGCGCCUUCAGGGGACUACGACAAAGCACUGGCCAAGUAUGGCGCUGGCAGGAGGGUGGGCAUCGUCGAGAACACAGAUGCACUACGAUUAGAAGAAGGCAGCAAGGCUGGCGAGCUCAAAGACGUCGAGGGUCGGAUGGGCGAGCUAAUGGGUGAUGGACACGCUCAGACCGGUGCACUUGUGAAUGGCGAUACUCCCAUGAAGGAUGUUGCAAGCGCUCCAGCUACCAACGGCGCGGCGGUCGAGCCCACUCCCGCACCUGUACCUCCUGUGGAUCCUCAGGUCGAAAGGGUAGACAAGCUGAAGCAGCGAGUUACGAUCACCAAGGACGGCAAAAAGCGAGUUGCGCCACUGCUGCUUUCAUCCUCUAACCAAGGAGAAGCGAACUUGCCACGACCUCAGUUGCAGGCUGCAGUGCGGCAAGGCGCAGCGUCCGACGAGCCUACAAAAAUUCUGGACCUCAGCAAGCCUUACGAUGGGCUGCCAAAAGGCGGACUCGCAAGCCUGCUGAUGGGCAACAAGCGCAAGUAUGCAGAGAUGGCUGACGGCGAGGGCGAAGAGAGACAGAAUGAGAAGCGCGUUCUUGCAGCACAGCAGGCUGGUGCCACGCCUGUCGUGCACAAUACAGACAACGGACUUGUGCCCGCGACAUCCUCGACAGCGCCAGCAAGACCUGCCGAAACGCCAGAUGCCUUGCGGCCUGCACUCAUAAAUCCCAGCACGACCGUGAGUCAAGUACGCCUCGCAGUACCAUUGAUUAGGACUGUGGUCCAACGACCACUCGACCCCAGCAAGGGCGGCGCAGAUGCAGAGCAGCUGGCCAAUGGUGGCGAUGGCUCCGAGGGUGAAUCUUCAGUGGUCUUCGAAGCGCGCAAUGCAUCUGGACCAAGUCGGACAGGGCGGUCGCAGGACAAAGAACCUACGCGAAUAAGUUUGACAAAACGAGGCCAGGCGCUCUGGCAAGAUUUCCUCCCACGCGCCGUACUACUGGUCACCGGGAAUCGAAACUUUUGGGCAGCGUCGUGCGAGGAUGGGUCGGUUCACGUCUGGACACCAGCUGGUCGCCGCCUGAUGAACGCGUCGGUGCUGGAAGCGCAGCCCGUCAUCUUAGACUGUCGAGGCUGGUGGAUGCUGGCUGUAACCGCUAUUGGACAGUGCUAUGUUUGGAACAUCAAGACUAUGAGUGCUCCGCAUCCUCCCAUUCAUAUGGCACCAAUACUUGACAUGGCUACGCAAACUCAGCAAGGCCACCUCACCUCAGGUCCGAGUCUUAUGUUCGCUCGGCUGAAUAGUCGAGGCCGCAUCGUUGUUGGCAUGAGCAACGGCGAUGGAUUUGCAUACAAUCCCGCCAUGUUCGUAUGGCAACGACUCAGCGAGCCGUGGUGGGCAGUGGGAUCACAGUAUUGGAACACCACCGACACUAGCAUCACGAACAUAGCCACCGCCGCGAAAGCAGGCGCUGCCGCGAAAAUGGAUGAUGGAACGACAUUCCUCGACGARAUUCACCCGGAAAACAUCUCGGCGGGGAUCAUUCCUUUGCUGGAACGAWAUACCACUUCGCAAGCUCUCCUCAAAGGACGUGCAUAUUUCCUGCAACGCCUUGUCAAGCAGCUCCUCUCCGCCGAAGGCUUUGAAGGGUUCGAGUCCUCUGUAUCUGUGGCGCAUCUUGAGAAUCGACUGGCCGCAGCGCAGACACUGGGCUCCAAAGAUGAGUUCCGCGUAUACCUCGUCAUGUACGCCAAGCGCAUUGGGGCCGAGGGCCUGCGGGGAAAAGUGGAUGAGCUGCUCAAGGGUUUGACGGGCAAGGUAUUUGACGAUGUAGAUUCGAACGCAGGGGUUGAAUGGAGCACGACAGWUGAGAUUGUCGGAUGGAAGAGAGUGGACCUGUUAAAGGAAGUUGUCACAGUCUUGGGCAAGCACAGGGACCUGCAGCGGCUCACUGUGCCCUAUGCGAGAUAUCUGGGCGUCAAUACGGACAUGGCGAUGGUCACAGACGGCUGA